UUCUCACUUUGAGUACAUUAUUAUCUCUUUGCCCAUCAUGAGUACUUCUCCAAAGUUUAAGUCUAUGUUCAUCUGCUUUGCUUUCUUGGCAACCAUUUUCAUCAUCUUUCUAGAUGUGGCUAAAGCAAGAGAGCUUGCUGAGGAAACUAAGGACGAAAAACUGAACAAAGAUACCAAAGAAAACGAGAAAAAUCAUGAGGAAAACUUCAGCAGUAAGAGCACCUACACUAGUUCUCCAUCAGAGUCAAAGUGGUACAACCGUGGAACACCAGGUGGUGGUGACCAUGGUUAUUAUGGUGGUUAUCCCCAGCCUGGUGGUGAUCAUGGCUACUAUGGUGGGUAUCCCAAAGGUCAUGGUGGCUAUGGCUAUGGUGGUUAUCCCAAGUAUGGUUAUGGUGGACAUGGUUACUAUGGAGGUUAUCCAAAGGGUCAUGGUGGGUAUAAAGGUGGUGGUGAACAUGGUUAUUAUGGUGGUUAUCCAAAAUAUCAUGGCAGUAAUGGAGGAUACCAUGGAUAUCCAAAAAAUGGCGGCGGUUAUAAUGGUUAUCCCUCGCAUGGUGGUGGAUAUAUUGGUGGUUAUAAUCCUGGAAAUGGUGGUGGAUAUAAUGGUGGUUAUAAUCCUGGAAAUGGUGGUGGAUAUAAUGGUGGUUAUCCGGGGAAUGGUGGUGGAUAUUAUGGUGGUUAUCCAGGGAAUGGUGGUGGAUAUUAUGGUGGUUAUCAGGGGAAUGGUGGUGGUGGAUAUAACGGUGGCUAUCCAGGUAAUGGUGAUCUCCCGGGUGAUGACCCUUGAUUAUAUAUUGAAACUAUAGCUAAAAAUUAAUAUACUAUGUAUUGUAUGAAUAAGCACCGUAUGUAUGAGUUGGUGUUUGGUGAAGGUUUGAUGAAAGAAUUGUGUGUGAACUUUUGCAUGCACGUACUAUGUAUCACCUUUCUAUAAAUAAGAUAUUUUCUUAUCGUA